GAGCAGUGCAUCGACCUUUUCUUCUUCGUCGUGGAUUUUUGCUUAGGGUUACUGCCAAAAAUGGAGAAGGUCUCAUCAGACGGCGACGGCGAGCAUGACGCAAGCGGGCGAGGAUUAUCUCGUUCGAAAACCAACUUUAGAUUUAGGGUUUCACCUGCUUCUUCCGAUGCUGGCAUACGAAGAAGGGUAAAGUUUUCGGAUUCCACAAUUAUUUGUGAACCAGAAGCGAUGCAGAAUGGAUCAUUGGCCCGAAAUGAAGUAGCUCAUCUUUCAUGCUAUGAUAGUGCAAAAACCUCCGAGUUGAAAUCUUUCAAGAGAUUAUUGGAAAAAACAACAGAAAAGCAUUAUUUUGAUGAAGUUGCUAAAAGUGAUAUCAAACUGAAAAAAGGCAAAACAACAGACUUCAUGGAAGGUGAUUUUAAUGCUGAUUCUCAGCGCUUCCGUUUUGGACAAUCUUUUAGAAGGGCAUCAUCAGCUAUACAAAAUGUUUCAUCUACUGUGCAGGGCUUCUUAUCUUCACCUACUCUAGUUUUGCAGAAACAGUCAUUAAAAAACAAAGCUGAAGGAAAUAAUGGUGCGGGAAGAUCAGUGCCAAUUUCAAAGAUUACACAUGUUGAUCGACUGUUUCAUCCUUCACCUCUCACAGUUGGGAAAAAUUGUGUCUGCGGACAUUCAGGAACCAUGCAAGAGCAUGAAGGGACUUUUUCGGAAAAGAGAGCAUUCCUACUUCAGUUAGCAGCUGGGACUAGUUUGCAAAAUAUUGACGAAUUCUUCUCUAACAGAUCAGAUUUCCUUCUCGAGAUUCUUCGAAGGCUAGGAAUUAGGAGAGAUGCAAACAUACAUGAGAAGCUCCAAAAUCCAGAACAAAAGAUGAGUUCUCAAUUUCCUGUAUCGUUCAAGAGAAGCAAUCAAAUUGCUAAUUUUUGUGAAAACCCACAAGAGGAUUUUUGUGUCAAUAAGAUUGAACAAUAUGACAAUCUUUUAGAGCUAAAAUGGGAUGAUACUGAGAUUCAGGCUCUUCCAUACAAUAAUUCCCCAAUAACAAAGUUCAAAAUCGAACAUUGGAUGCCAGAUUUAUCUACUGAGAAAACUCUUCCACUUUUGUGCAAUUUCAAAAAUCCUGCUUCAGCCAUUGAAUUGAUCAAAGAAUUUGAUUUCAGCGAGUACAGAUACACUGAUGAAUCUCAAGCCCUGCUUAGCCCACCAUGUGAUAUUUCGGAGUUCAAUGUAUUUUUAGCUCAUAAUGCCAGUUAUAUGGGACAAUUAUGCAAAAGCCUGAAUUGCAAUUCAGUACUAAACCACAAAGAAAUGUUUGAUUUGUCUGUUGCAGAAGAUUCAGAUACUUCAUUCAAUUCAAACGUAGAAUUAAAUAGUAGCAGCCAUGGAUUUCUUAGAAGAAAUCAUGAUUCAUUCCAAGCUGACUAUAUCCUCCCCGACAUUUAUAAUUCUGAUAGUCUCCUCCAACAACAAGCACUUUCUGAAGAACAAUUUAUCUUCCCUUUGCUGGAGUGGGAUGCUGCUGCAGAGCAAGAGAUGUCAACUCCUAUAUGUCUUGUUUCAAAAGAGUUGGAUCAAAUUACAGAAUCCCCCCUAUAUGAUACUUUUGAUUUUCACGACGACAUAGGAAGUUUUGAGCUUUUUUAAUGUUGAUGGAAGGGAAGGUCUCAGUUUUUACAGAGCUACAGUGUUGAUUUCAUUUAGCAAGAUUGGGAGCAUGGUAUGCGUGAUUCUCUGUUCGGCAAACAGAAUUAUUCUGAUAGUAGUGAAGGGAAAAAGAGGUUUAAGGGAGAUCCAAAUGAUGUUUCUGUAAAUAUGUUUAGAUUGAGAAUUAAAUACAAGCCCUUAUGUUUUGAUUCCUAUUUGCCUAUUCCUAUUAUCUAGUUGGUGACUUUUUAACUAUUUAUUUAUUUGUAAAUUUUGUUUUUUUUUUUUAUUUGGAAUUGAGAUAUCUUCUUUGAUUAAGAGUUUCCUGUUGAUUGCGUCACAAGACUCUUAUUGCUGGAUUCUGUUUUUAGUAUCUGGAGUUACCAAAAACUCAGCUUCAUUAAAGGUAAAAAGGUUUCUACUAAG